AUGAAGGAGGUAAAGGAUGCACACCAAGCCAUGAACAACAAGUCGUUGAGGACUAAGAAGACAUCAAACAAAACGAAAUUAAUGGAGACCAAGCUAGAGGCGGUUGAAACUCAAGACGCUGUGGUCGGCGAAACUGUUGCGAUUGACGUCGAGUCCACAGCAGAAGAGCCCAAGUAUGCUGUGGAUGUGCAGGAACUUACUGAACUAGACAUCAAUCAGCUUCAGUCUAUUGAAGUGGAGGUGGUGGCGAUGAGAACAGCAAACAAUGACAGAGUCGAAGCGAUGUCUGCGGAGAUAAAGAGCGUCGAGACGGAAGACACUGGUGGUCCUCACACUGUUGUUGUUGAGGUUGUUGAAUCGGCUACAGAAGACGCGGUUUGCCUUGAAUUUAACGAUGAAGAAGCUGUCGCUGCUACGGCGGAGAGGACGGCCACGGACGAGGAAACGAUUGUGUCCGAUGAUGUAAAAAAGGACGUGUCUGCCGACGCAGCAGCUACGUUAAUAUUUACAGAGGUCGUCGUCGCCAAUGACUGUGACUCCUUAGAUGCUGACAAGGAAGGUGCUUUGAACGAAAGGUUGGCUACCCUUGCGACUGACGAAGAGCCUGCUGACGAACGAAUUUUUGUCGACACAUGCGAAGAGGUUACUUCUGAUGUCGAGACCGACGCUAUCAAAGCCGUUGCUGAAGAAGGAGAUACUGAGACGACGACAUGGAAGGCUAUUGAGAGCGAAUGUCUCGAUAAAGCAAAGCCUGUUACACAGGACAUGGAUCUGUCCGUAGAAGGUCUUGCAACUGGGCUGAUUGUUGAAGAAGUUGUUGUGGAUGCCGUAGCAGAUUCUGAGUCUGAUGACGAAGCGAUUUCACCUGAGCUCGAAGUCAGUGCCGAAGGCAAUAGCGAGAUAGUGGCAGAGGAAGUUACCAAAGAAGAGGCUUCCCUUGUUGAUGAAGAAGUUGAAGAGGCAACUGCUGCUGUACAAAAGCAAGAGGUCACUGGCAAAGAAACCGAGGUCUCUGAUAUUGAGGCAGAUAUUGCGGUGGAGAGCAGCGUAACGACGGAGACAAAAGUCAAAGCUGAGGAGGUUUCUGUUGUGGAUAAUGAUGAAACUGCAAGAAAAGGGAUGGAGCCAGAGACUGCCCCAAUCGAUGAAGAUGCUGAAGUUUAUGUGAAAGAAACCGAGACUGACAUUGCUCCUUUCGACGAGGAUACUGAAGUUGUUGUGUCAGCAGUCGAGACUGUAGCUGUUGCACCUAGCGCGGAGACCGAUGAAGCAAUUGUAGACGAGAUCAAGACUUUUUCUAAUACGAAAAUUGCUGAAGUUGGUGUGCGAGAGGCCGAUACGGAGAUGGUUUCCGUCACCGAGACAGAUGAAGUGCAGCUCGAAAAAAGUGCCGACGUUGAAGCCGCAGCUGUUGAGAAUGAUCUUGCGACUGAGAAGGUGGAGGAGUCCGAGAAGUCCGUCGACACGAACCCUGCUGUUGCUACAGUCCAGACUGCUUCGGCUAUCGCCAAGGUCGGUGAUGACGAGGCCACUCCAGCCAAGCAAACACCUGCUUUAAAGGUACCUUCAGCCGAAGACAAGCCUGUUGAAGUCAAUCUUACUGUGUCAACUGUCAGCGAGUACGAGGAGAACAUGAGCUCGAAGUCUAGUUUUGAGGUGGACACCAAGCCCAUCAGCGCUGUAUCGGCGCUUAUCGGCCGCUUUGAGCACAUUGCAAAGGUCAAUGCCACGGAAGCUGCGAACUCACGUACUUCUUCUCGCACUUCUUCUCGUGUGUCUUCGCCGCUCUCCUCUCCGCCUUCGAGUUGGCCCCGUGGAACCGGCUAUGAGACUGUGGUUGAAAGCAAUAAGGCGAUCGAGAAUUCCGAAGGAUCAGUUCACGUGGAGUCAAAAAAUGAGGACGAAUUGACUGCAGCCGAGGUAGAUCAAGAAGUAUCAGAGGUCGAGAAAACCGCCAAGGUUGCGGAGUCUGUAGACAUGUCUUUUGAAUUCGAGGAGACGCUAGCUGAAAACGAUGUCUGUGAAGAAGCUACAACUUUGCAUGAGACGGUUGCUCACGAGAAAACCCUGGCUGCUACUGACGUUGAUGGAGCCGCCAUAGAGAGUUCUGUGGUAGAAGAAACGUUUGUUGCGAUCGAUGCAGAGGAGUCAACCCUGGAGGUCGAAGUUUCAAACGAAAAGUGUGAUGCAAUCGUGGAAGCUCCUGUCGCUGAAGUGGGGGAGGUAGAACAGCAAUCGAUUGACGAAUCUAAUGACGCAGAGGUCGAGGUCGAGAAGACUCUUGCUGUCGACAUCGAACUGGUCGAGAAUAUUGCUGAACCUGAGGCUGAGGAUGUGGACAUAGAGCCAUUAAUCAAGGAGGAAAUCUCCGGCACCAUUGAGAGAGCUGAUGCAAUAGCUCUUGUAGCAACUGAGACUUAUGGGGCUGUUGAAGAAGUCCCAGUUGAUAUGGCCGAGGCUGAUUUUGAUUUUGAAGCAAGUGAGCCGCAAACGAUCUUAGCUGUUUACAAACCGGCCGAGGCGUCAAUUUUGUCCGUUGAUGCGCCAGAAGUAGAUGCGGCCUGGAACGAGGCUGAUGAAAAUGUCCAGGAAGAUGCUGAAGACGCUGCACCAUCUGCAACACCGUUGGUUGAUAUGGAAGAAGCCGCAACUUCCGCUGAUUUCACUACCGACGAAGCAUUGGACAACAUUGUGCCAGUGACCAAGGAAGACUCAAGCGACUUCGUGGAGGAGACGCAAGCCAUGUAUGAAGAGAUUACGGAAUCGCAGGUUGAGGGUGAUAAGCAGGAAGAGAUUUCGCAGUCAAUGGAGAGGGAGAUGACUUCCCCUCCAGCCCCCGGUGUACAAACCGAUGAUGGCGCGCUGGCGUACGAAGUUACUACGAAAGCUUCUGUAGUAACGGCACCCUCAAAUGAGGGGACGAAGGCAGUCAAUGACGACGCUAUGGAAACUGAGGGAACACCUCAGCGCAAUUCCUUGCAAAUUCCAUAUGAUCAGCUGACAUACGAGAUUCUGGGCGUCACGCGUGCCAAUAACGUGAUCAUGUAUCACAUCUACGCGAUUAAUUAUGCAACCGGUGAGCAAGCAAUGUCGAUCCCCAAACGCUACUCAGAGUUCAAGCUACUGGACGAGCAGCUCCGAGCUCUGGAUCUGCCUAGUGCACGUGGCCUACCAGUGUUGCCAAAGCCCGGCGUAGUCAGCUUCCUGCGUGGCCGUCGAUCUCAAAAAACUAUUGAGAUGCGCGAGAAGGCGUUUGGAGACUUCCUGCACUACGUCCGGGAUCACGAGGACCUGCACAAGAGCACCGUCUUUCAGCAAUUCCUCGCCAACUAA